AGUCUCCUAUUUACUCAGAGAUACGGAGAAUGGUUAAUAAAGAAAGAAAGGAAAACAGGUGCCUGUACUCAGCUUUUCACAAUAGUUAAGAAGCGGAUCACAGCAGCGAAGUCUCUGGAAUCUGAGAUGUGUGAUUACCCGGAGGCCGGGUGUUACCUGGAUGAGACGACCUUCCAGCGCUGUUGCCAGCUCUUUCUGCAGCAUUCCUCCUCUCUCACAGACGGAUGGAGCUGGGAGACAGUGAAGGGGUCUGAGGAAGGUUUCAUGAAACACACGUCGCUGGUGUGCGUGAAGGAGUCUGGUCGUAACAGGACCACAGACGACACCAGUUCCCUCACUGGGCAAGGCGAGGAGGACGAUGAAGAUGAGGAUGAUGUUGGAGCACGCUGGGUACCGGAGGAUCCGGCUGUGGUGCGAUAUGAAUAUCAUGUUUUGUAUUCCUGCAGCUAUCAGGUUCCUGUUCUGUAUUUCCGAGCUUCCACGUUAGAUGGACGAGUGCUGUCACUGGAGGAGGUGUGGGAGGCUGUCCACCCAAAUUACAGAGUGAAGUUACAGCAGGGCCCAUGGGACAUCCUCACCCAACAGGAGCACCCGAUCCUGGGCCAGCCCUUCUUCAUGCUCCACCCCUGUCACACAGAACACUUUAUGAGACCGGUUCUGGAAAUGGCCCGGACCAAUCUCAGGAGGGUGAAUUACGUGGUGACCUGGUUAAGUGCGGUGGGGCCUGUCGUUGGACUGGAGCUUCCGCUGAGCUACUGCACUGCCGUGUCCGGACCUGAGUGACCCCGCGACACACUCUUCAGCCAUCUCCACGUCCGCUGGAUCCCACACGGCCAAAGCCUGCGAGCAUGAGCAGAAACUGAGGACUGUUAUCUGUGUCAUUUCGGUAUCACUGUAUCAUUCGGUUUUGCCUUUUCCUCUACUCUGCCUGGCUCUGUGUUCCUGUCCAAUGUUUUCUGUCAUUUGGAAUAAGAUCUGAAGUUCUGUUUAAUGUACAUGGGUGAAGGGGCAGUGUUGUGUUGGGCGGGCCAGGCUGUGGUCACUGGGCAGCUCUGUGUGAGGGAGAGGACUGAUGACUCACAGACACACAGGGAUCUGGAUCUUCAUCUGGAUGACAUGAGCAGGAGCCAUAAGCUAGCAGCACUCCUGUCCAUUCAGAACGCUCUACCUGUCCAUUCAGAACCGCUCUACCUGUCCAUUCAGAACGCUCUACCCGUCCAUUCAGAACCGCUCUACCCGUCCAUUCAGAACCGCUCUACCUGUCCAUUCAGAACCGCUCUACCUGUCCAUUCUGAACGCUCUACCUGUCCAGAACGCUCUAUCCAAAGACAUGGUCUUCUCUGAGAAUGAGGACUUUCACAUGCUGAAGAUAUCGUGUUGUGAAUGUAAUUAUGUCAGUGACCUGAUUUGGUUGCAUGUG